AUGGCUUCCCUGAUGUCUGUCCUUUCUAGGUUCAGGGGUAUUAUUAAACAAAAUGGAGGCAUACGUGGCUCUAUCGUUACUUUAUUUAGAACUGACGAACUAAAGGAUGGUACGCUUGUAGGCGAGGACUACCUCGGCAACAAAUACUAUAUGAACAACCGCUACUUUGUUGGGCGUAAUCGGUGGGUAGUUUAUGGAAACCGUUUUGGCUGGGAUUAUGAAGGUUCACAGGUUCCCCCAGAAUGGCAUCGAUGGCUUCAUUAUAUGACCGACGAAACUCCAAUCGCUCAUCCGCCCGAGCGAAAGCCCUGGAUGCAAGACCAUAAGGAAAACACAACUUUGCAACCUGAUGCCAAAUACAUCCCCUAUCCCACAGUGAAACCGAAAAUCGAGGCUUGGAAUCCCAAACAAUAA